AUGUAUGAACGUCUUUCAAAAGUUAUUCUUAAGACCGCCCUGUAUGCAUUAUUUCAGGAGGACGUGGAGGACUAUUAUAAAGCCUACAAGUGCAUGGCAACAAUGUUGAACACAUUCCCAUACCAGUAUAAAUGCCGUUUGGAGGAGGGAGACCUUAUCUCCUUCAACAACAGACGUGUUCUUCACGGACGAGAUCAUUAUGAUACAAAAUCGGGCCACAGACAUUUGCAGGGAUGUUAUGUUCAAGUAGACGAAUUCAAGAAUCAAGUGCAGGAUUACUCCAACACAAUGGGAGAUGGCAAACUGGCAACAAGAGUUGGCAAUCUUGACUGGGAAUAGACGGCAUUUGCCUCAUCCGCAAU